AUGGAUGAAAGGGGGACGGGGGGGGGGGAGGAGAAGUUUGUUCUACUAAAAUGUAUUCUUCUGAUCGUUAACAACGUUGUAAUAAACGCGUCAUGUAAUCUAAUUUUUUCUUUUUGCUUCACACCGCGUCAUCAAAGGAUCUCUCCCCUUCUUCGCCAUCUGGAUUACCUUCAAGUGUAUCACUUAAUACUAAAAUACACCAUGUCAUCAAAAAGACCAUUUGAGGAAAUACAUCAAGACCAAGCACACUCACUUCCCGUGGCUUCGCAAGUGGCAACUGCAACACCCCUGAUAGAAAUCGGCGGAUCACAAGAGAAGAUCUUUAAGAAACUCAAGAGACCGAAUGGGACAGAGGAGCCAUCAGAAUUCGAAAAGGAAUUGGUUGACAUGACUCAAGCAGCACAAGGUGCGGGUGCUGACGAAGACCAAAGUUGGUCUAGACCCCUGCUUCCUGCUGAUUUUGACCCUAAUAAGGAGGACGUUUCUUUUCAACAAUUAGAUGGCGAAGAGUACAACGAGAAUGACGCGACUUAUGCUAGAUUUUUUGGAAUCACACAGGAAGGGUACUCUGUACUUUGCAAUGUGACUGGAUUCAUUCAUUACUUUUAUUCUCCAGUCCCUAAGGGAUUUGUUAAGGACCAACAUUUGAUGCAAUUUACGAGCUAUUUAAAAGCAAAUUACGAUGGUGUGGUUGACGUGCAAAUUCAAAUGAAGGAAUCUAUAUGGGGCUAUAACAAUAAUAUCAAAACACCUUUUUUCAAAAUUUAUGUUAAUAACAAUAGAAACAUUACUAGGUUGAGAGGUGCAUUUGAAAAAGCAGAGAUACGGUUUGAAGAUUUGUUUCCUAUUCAGCAGAGUGUAACUUACGAUAACAUCAACUAUCUUUUGAGAUUGAUGAUUGAUUGCAACAUUACCGGAAUGUCAUGGAUCACAUUGCCUAGAACCAAGUACAAAUUGAGGAGCUCCAAGAUUUCCACUUGCCAGAUAGAAUGUUCCAUUGACUAUAAGGAUUUGAUAGCUCACCAGUCUGAAAAAGAAUGGUUGAAAAUGGCUCCAUUACGUAUAUUGUCAUUCGACAUCGAGUGUGCUGGUAGAAAGGGGAUAUUUCCAGAAGCAGAGCAUGAUCCGGUCAUCCAAAUUGCAAAUGUGGUACUGAAGUUGGGAGAUUCUAAACCGUUUGUGAGAAAUGUUUUCACGGUUAAUACGUGUGCAUCCAUUAUUGGGUCACAAAUUUAUGAACAUGAGAAAGAAGAAGAUAUGUUAUUCCACUGGAAGGAGUUUGUCAAUGAAGUAGAUCCUGAUGUCAUUAUUGGAUACAACACGGCUAAUUUUGAUAUUCCAUAUUUGUUAGACAGAGCAAGGGCGUUGAAAGUUCAUAAAUUUCCUUAUUUUGGAAGAUUGAAGGGUGUUAAGCAAGAGAUCAAAGAUGCCGUGUUCAGCUCCAGGGCGUAUGGUACUAGAGAAAAUAAAGUAGUGAACAUAGACGGUCGAAUGCAAUUAGACUUGCUUCAAUUUAUCCAAAGAGAGUACAAGUUGAGAUCGUACACACUCAAUUCUGUUUCAGCACACUUUUUAGGGGAACAAAAGGAAGAUGUUCAACAUUCAAUCAUUACUGACUUGCAGAAUGGGAAUAAGGAGACUAGAAGACGUUUGGCCGUGUAUUGUCUUAAGGAUGCCUACUUGCCCCUUCGGUUACUAGAUAAAUUAAUGUGUCUAGUCAAUUACACUGAAAUGGCUAGAGUCACCGGGGUUCCAUUUUCGUACCUACUUUCCAGGGGACAACAAAUCAAAGUUGUGUCGCAGUUGUUUCGUAAAUGUUUACAAGAAGACAUUGUCAUCCCAAACAUGAAAAGCGAAGGUUCGAGUGAAGAAUAUGAGGGAGCAACAGUAAUCGAACCUGAAAGAGGUUACUACGAUGUUCCAAUUGCCACUUUAGAUUUUAGCUCCUUGUAUCCAUCAAUUAUGAUGGCUCAUAAUUUGUGUUAUACUACGUUGCUCAAUAAAAAUUCUAUAAGGGCGUUUGGUUUAACAGAGGCAGAUUACACUAAAACCCCUAAUGGAGAUUAUUUUGUUCACCCAGACAAAAAGAAAGGAAUUUUGCCUACAAUCUUGAAUGAAUUGUUGACGGCAAGGAAAAAGGCAAAAACGGACUUGAAAAAUGAAAAGGACCCCUUCAAAAAGGACGUUCUCAAUGGUAGACAGCUUGCAUUGAAGAUUUCAGCAAACUCGGUCUAUGGAUUUACUGGUGCCACUAUUGGUAAAUUGCCUUGCCUUGCUAUUUCAUCUUCAGUGACAGCAUUUGGACGAGAAAUGAUUGAAAAGACAAAGAACGAAGUCCAGGAGUACUAUUCAAAAAAGAACGGACACCCAUAUGAUGCAAAGGUUAUUUAUGGUGAUACAGAUUCUGUGAUGGUGAAGUUUGGUUAUCAAGAUUUAGACACUUGUAUGAAGCUCGGGGAGGAAGCCGCAAACUAUGUUUCAACCAAAUUUCAAAAUCCCAUCAAGUUGGAAUUCGAGAAAGUGUAUUUCCCUUAUUUAUUGAUAAAUAAAAAGAGAUAUGCAGGAUUGUAUUGGACAAGACCUGAUAAGUUCGACAAAAUGGACACUAAAGGUAUCGAAACAGUUAGGAGGGAUAAUUGUCGAUUAGUACAGAAUGUGAUUACAAAAGUUUUGGAGUUUAUAUUAGAAGAAAGAAAUGUGGACAAGGCUCAGAGAUUUGUCAAGCAAACUAUUGCGGACUUGUUGCAGAAUAGAGUCGAUCUUUCGCAAUUGGUAAUCACGAAGGCUUACUCCAAGCACGACUAUUCGGCAAAACAGGCUCACGUGGAAUUGGCAGAGAGGAUGAGAAAAAGAGAUCCGGGAUCGGCUCCCACCUUGGGUGACAGAGUUGCUUACGUGAUAAUAAAGACAGGGGGUGACAAAAACUACGAAAAAUCCGAGGAUCCUUUGUAUGUAUUAGAAAAUUCGUUACCCAUUGACGUAAAGUACUAUUUGGAGCAACAAAUGACAAAGCCAUUGGAAAGAAUAUUCAUUCCAAUUUUGGGGGAGUCCAAAACAAAGGAGCUAUUAGCCGGUGCGCACACGCGGACCAUAAAAAUGUCGGCUCCAAAGACCGGUGGUCUUAUGAGAUUUGCUAAGAAGUCGGAGGUAUGUGUCAAUUGCAAGACGCCUUUGAAAUCAGGAAAUCAUGGUGCUUUGUGUCACAAUUGUAUUGACGAGGGCAAAGGUCCAGGUCUAUACACUAGCGCGCUCUCUCAAAUGAACUACUUGGAAAAUAAGUUUUCUCGAUUAUGGACAGAGUGUCAAAGAUGCCAAGGAUCAUUACACCAGGAGGUUCUUUGUUCUAACAAGGACUGUCCUAUAUUUUACAUGAGAAAGAAAGUCCAAAAGGAUGUUCACCAACAAGCUUUAGAGCUUGUUAAAUGGAACGAGACGAACUGGUAA